AUGGCUGACUCCAGUUGGGGCUGGGACUCUAGUCAGAAUCAGCAGAAUAAUUACAACAGCUAUAACAUGGAUUGGGCCGACAGUCAGUCAUGGAAUCAGCCUAGUUUUUCUAUGCCUGAUUCGUUUUCUCAGUCAUUUGUUUCCGAUCCCAUGUUAAACGCAGCGAAACAGAUUGGUGGGCAGUUUGCGGAACAGCAAAGAGAAAAGCUGGCGAGGUAUUUAUCUGCUUUCCAGUUGAAGUAUUAUUUUGCUGUUGACAACAGUUACGUUGGGAAGAAAUUAGGAAUUCUUCUUUUCCCGUUUGCGCAUAGGGAUUGGUCUGUUUGCUAUAACAGUUCGGACACUCCUGUGCCACCUCGUAUGGAUAUUAAUGCUCCAGACUUAUAUAUUCCUAUUAUGGCUUUCACUACCUAUGUAUUGGUUUCUGGAAUAGUUUUGGGGACACAAGGAAGGUUCACUCCUGAGCAACUAGGUAUUAUUACGACGAAUGCAUUAAUAUACUUAGUGUUAGAAAACAUUCUACUGUUGAUCACUAAGUAUGUAAUGAACAUUUCUCAAGCUCUUAGUUUUUGGCAUACCCUCGCAUAUAGUAGUUAUAAGUAUUUGGGAAUGGUCGUUAGCUUACUGGCUUUUUUACUCGGAGGAAAAACCCCAUAUUAUGGCGUUUUGGGAUACACGUCAGUAGCGAUUGUCUUCUUUUUACUUAGGACAGUGAAAAAUUUUGUACUGGAUGUGCAAAAUAUGUACAGUCACGAUGCAGCGCGAAAACGGAAAUUAUAUUUACUUCUUUUUAUUUCUUUUACUCAACCGUUUAUUAUGUGGUGGUUGACAAGCGGUGUUACAACUUCUGCGGCUGGCAAGAUGGACUUUGCUCAGCUAGCGCUUUCCGGUAUGGGGCUUAAAGAAUUAGCCAGCAAAGGACAUGUUCCGGUUUUGCCUGAUGGUGAUAUUGAUUAUGAAGCCUUGCUCAAAAUGCCGUAA